AUGACUUCGAAAGGAAAAGAAAUUUAUAAUACGAUAAAACGUUCCCUUGGUUCCCAAUCAUUUGGCAUUGCUAGUUCAUCGAAUCAUUCGAACGGAGUUCGAUAUGCUGGAGGUACUUCAUCCAAAUGGAUACAUCCACCUGAUGUAUUAUUAAAUGGUCGUGUCGAAUAUUCGGUGAAAAUGCUUGGUUUUGCGGAAGUAUCAGAACCAAAAGGAACACAUGUCAUUCGGGAUGCUAUUCACGCUAUACGGUUUCAAUUGCAAGUAAGUCGAGGAGUUACGGGACAUUCGGGAGCAAAGCUUAAGAAAGUGGAUUUGCAAAUUAAUGUGGAUGGUUUAACAGUUAUCGAAACAAAGACAAAAAUGAUUUUAUUUAAAUAUCCCCUCCAUCGAAUUUCUUUUUGUGCUGAUGACAAGCAGGAUAAGAGGGUUUUUUCAUUUAUCGCCAAGGCCGAAUCCUUCUCUAGACAUGAUUGUUUCGUCUUUCUAAGUGAGAAAUUAGCGGAACAGAUAACUCUCACCGUCGGAGAAGCAUUUGAUCUUGCAUAUCAGAAAUUUCUGGAAAAAAAUGGUCGAGACUUAGAAAAUAAAAAACAGUUGAUUAUGCUAAGGAAGCGAAUAGCAGAGCUGGAACAGGAAAACAAUGAGCUUAAGGAGAAACUUUAUGCACAACAGAGUCAGAAGGAGGAUUCUGUGCCACCUCUACCAACAUCACCGAUGCCUCGCGAACCACCUCCGGGAAUUACAUCAAAUUUAAUGAAUGAUAUAAUACCGGCAAUUGUCCCACCACCAGUUAUCCCACGAAGACAUCAUACAAAUGCUGUGAAUACAAGUGAUCAUCCAAAUACUGUGAAUGCAAGUGAUUCUAUUACAAAUUUUCCACAGGUUGGAAGACGUUUAGAAAAUUUGCAAUUGGAUAAAAUGGAAGAUUUAUUCGAUGACGAAUUUGACCCACGGGCAGACGAAAGGAAAAAAACAGAAGUGCGAGAGAAAAAAGAAAAAGAUAAAUUUGGCCUUGAUCCUUUUGGGGAUGAUUUCAUGAACGAUGUCCUUAGUUUGGAACGAAAGCCGGUUUCCGAUGUUCUUUCUGCUUCAGAACACGAGCCAACACCGGAACAGUUCGAUGAGAUGUUAUCAAUAGUGGACAAACGAUUAACAGAGCUACGAGAUGGAUUUGCAUCAGGAAUUUUAGCAAUGGGUGAUACGGGUGAUGCAGCGCGCGAUCUGCACAACAUUUAUGGUGUGCCAAUUCAGUCUCCAGAAGCAAAUAUAGGUGAAAAGAAUCAAGCAGAAGCCACGCAAAAUGGCCACACUUAA